AUGUCCUAUGACCGCAGUGUUGCCACCUGCAAACCUUUGCAUUAUACAUCCAUCACGAGCAGCAACAUUUGUCAAUCAGCUUGUACUCAGUUCUUGGGCACCUGGAUUCUUGAAAUCUCAUUCACAACUGCCUGUGUGCCCACCUAUCUGCACAUCAUAUCAAGUGGGGACAAAACCAUCACCAUCAGUGCCUGCUUCAGCCAAAUCUUUUUUUUUGUCCUCUUUGGAGCUACAGAAUUUUUCCUCUUGGCAGUGAUGUCCUAUGACCGCUACGUGGCCAUCUGCAAACCCCUGCGUUACAUGAGCAUCAUGAACAGCAGAGUCUGUAGGAAUCUCAUCCUCUGUUGUUGGGUAUCUGGCUUAUUGAUUAUCCUACCACCCUUUGGCCUGAGCCUCUGUCUGGAAUUCUGUGACACUGUUAUUGACCAAUUUUUCUGUGAUGCUUCUCCAAUCCUGAAGAAUUCCUGUUCAGAUACAUGGUUCAUAGAGCAGCUGAUUGUAUUCUCUGGCGUGUUGACUUUGAUAGUGACCCUUGUGUGUGUCGUUCUGUCCUACAUAUACAUCAUCGGGACGGUCCUAAGAUUUCCGUCUGCCCAUCAAAGGAAGAAAGCCUUUCUCACCUGUUCUUCCCACAUGAUUGUGGUUUCCAUGACCUAUGGCAGCUGCAUCUUUAUGUAUAUCAAACCUUCAGCCAAGAAUGAAGUGGCCAUUAAUAAGGGAGUAUCUCUUCUCCCUACAUCUGUUGCCCCUUUGUUGAACCCCUUCAUUUAUACCCUGAGAAAUAAACAAGUAAGGCAGUCUUUCUAUGACACCUUUAAAAGACUUGCCAAUGUUUCAAAGAAAUUUUGA